AUGAAACCGAAUACCAAAGAAGUUGUCCGACAAACGUUCGGUGAAGCCAUGACCGUGCUUUCGAACACAAUUCAGCGCCUUAUUGUCGAGGCCGAAGUCCAACUUGCCAAUCUUGAAAAACUCGAGGAGGAUCUUCUCGUUCUUCACGAGUUGAUCCACCGGGAAGAUACUUCCAUCUCAUCACAGAAAUCGGAAAUUCCCAGUGAGCUAUGGACCAAGCUGGGCGGUAACAAAGCGCGUAUUGAAGUGUUCGACAAACAUCUGUAUUUGUUGAAAAACCUUGGGGUUUAUAGGAAACAGGCACUGGCUCAUGUCGUCGCAGCACUGCAGACGCUUCGGGCGCUUAGUGACGAUAUGGAGGAUAUGAGGGAGAGGGUCACGGCACCUGAAUUAGUCGGUGAGAGUGUACCGGUGGACGUGCAUUUGAGAAGCAUUACCAUAGGGCUGGAAAGACUAAAGGAGUCAAGAGUGAAAGCGAAGGAGAGGGAGGACGAAGCUAUCCGAAGAGUUCUACAAUUGGACCAGGCGGAUUAG